UGGAAUUUUCAGAGCCUUUUUGCAACAACGAUUUGUCUCGGCUCCUACUGACCCCUCCAAGAAAAAAAAAAACAGGAUGCCUACUAGUACCUACUUUCCCUCCUUUGCCACUUCCGAGGCAGACUCAACAUCGCCGAUUUAUCCCCGCUGAGCGAUAAGGCUCGCAGCCUGAAUGCAAAAUGGCCACACAACAACAGCAGAAGGCGGCGCUGGUGGCAAGCUUCAUCGACACCACUGCACCCAAGUUUCAUCCACUAUUUGCAUCCCCUUCCGAGCUCAACAUGUCAACCGUACAAUAUGAAGUCUCAAGCGUUCAAGACUUGCGAGAAACGCUGCAGUGCGAAAAGCUGAUCUCUAAAUUUGGAACUUUUACGAACGACUUGAUCAGUUGCUCUUGGGAUCAUGUGCAUGAAGAGUUACAAAAGGCCCGAGUCGCAGCUGCUGAGAGCGAAAGCCGCGGCGAGAGGUUUUUCAAAAACCCCGUGAGGUGGAUCUGGCGAGGAAUAGGAGCUACAGCGAGCGUUCUUGAACCAGGCUUGGCGGCUUUUCCUGACGAGUAUGGCUUGAACGUGUUGAAGGGCGGGCUGGCUUUGAUAUUUAGUCUAGCCCGGCACAGUGAGCUAAACAGACUCAAGAUCCUUGCGGCUUUUGAGAGGCUGCCCAACAUCGUUGAGAUUGCUCGAAAUAAGAUGAAGGCAUUUCCGUUGGACAUCGGCAACUCAAAGAGUAUUGAACUUCACCAAAAGAUUCACAAGCUGCAGACAACACUCUUGGCUACUCUACCUUUGUUGAUUGAUAAGCUGGUUCCCGGCUCUUUCCGCAAUGCGUGCAAGAAACCCUUUGCUGGAUGGAAGAUUGAUCGCCUCCUUGACGAAGUGGCCGCAUGCACUGAGUCAGUGAGGCAAUGUUCUGAGGCCCUCGUCGAGGGCAUCAUCAUCGGCACCUAUGAGGGGACACAAGACAUUAAGUCGAUGAUGAUCCAGCUAAUGGAACAGAACAGAAUGAUGCAGUUGCAGAUUGAUGCGGCUGCUGGCAAGACGCACCUACUCCACUUUCUGAUAGAAGGGAUGAAUGCAAACUUCCUCAUGGAUGGCGACCGGGGUGACCUCUCCGAAGUGGGCUCGACUGCACUUCCAGGCCACACGCCCAACGACUUGCUUGUUAUUAUCGAUGUCAGCCACCUCCGCGCUGGCGCCGACGCGGGUCAUGUCUUGCACAGAGGCCCUGCGUUCGAAGUGACGGACAACGAGCGGGCAGCGUACAUAAUCCGGGCACCACAAGUCAAGGCGUUGCUCGGCGGAGCCAGCAGCCACAGCAUAGUCGCCGUCGAUGGCCACUUUGACCACACGCAGAUGGGACAGAUCAGCCCUCUAUCGUACGUAUGUGCCACACUCGCGCAGCUAUUGAAGCAACAGUCCGAAAACACGAGCGUUGCUGCCAUGAGCUCGCCUGUGUCGCCGCAAUUCGACAAGAGACAGCCACCACCACCACCACCGGCACGAACCGUCGUGCUAGAAUACUACUGCUCUCUCCACAUUGGCGAGGACGACAACUUGCAGGGUCCCCAGGGCCUGAUACGCUGUCUCACGGCACAACUUAUUCUGUCACUUCUCGCUAACGGCUGGAUGGGUCCUGACGAGGCAGUUUCUCUGCCGCACCUACGAGACCACGGGGAGGAGGAGCUUCUGGAGCAGCGGGACCUUAGCGCCGUGUACCGGCUCUUCAUAGCACUCGUGCGCCUCGUUCCGCAAGGGGUGCCCAUAUACUGCAUCAUUGACGGGAUAUCCACCUAUGAGCGCCAGGAGCUGUGGCAGGCCGACUACAACGACGUGCUAGGGACUCUUAUUAAAGCUGCCUCUAUCUCAAAAAGUCACGACGGCCGCCCAAGGUUGAGAAUUAUCUUGACUAGCCCGACAAUGAGCCGUUGGCUGGGCAACUUCGUGCCCCCGGGGCAAAAGGUGUCGCUCCGCCAUCGCGACGGGGGCGGUAGGAACUGGCGCGGCAUGAGGGGCGGUUUGAUGGGCGUGGCUAGAGCAGCGACCAUGUCCAAUACUGGGUUCGUGGGCGGCGGAUUCCAGUCAGAUGGAUAUGGACAGUUCUCGACGGGGGAGAGCCAUAGCCGGAGAACGUCGACGUAGAUAUUUUCUUUUAGUCAGUUUACACAUGAAGGGAGAGAAACUCUGUUCGCACAGCGAGGAGGGAUUCAACAUCAAACCUAUCCCUUAUUCAAUUUCAUUCUAGGAUAGAGAAAGAGAGACACAAUGUUUUCUAGGGCGCUAGGACUACUGUGUUGAUAGUGACUUGUCGCAACUGAAGGAGAUGGUCUGGGGCCUUCCAUCCAUGCGAUCUACGACAAGCAACAUGCACAUCAAACGGAAGAAACAUGUCCUAGGGAAUAGCCAUAGAAGGUCAUUUACCUGCGAACUAAACAUAAAUUAUCCCUGCAGGAAAUCAAUUAGAUAUCAAUUAUACAUAGUGGUAUAUUGACUCUCCUUGAGUCUCCUUCGAACUCGCCUCAACGAAGCAGACGUAUCAAAGGUCGCGCCCCC